AUGGUUUGGUUUACGUCUUUCUUAUUUAUUGUACUGGCUGUUCCUGUAAAUUGUGAUGUAUUUCAGGAUAAUACGGUCAUUUCCGAUGAAUUCCCAGGAGAGCCUCCAUUGUCACGAAAUGUCUUCAGGCAACUUUUGAAUCAAGAAACUCUCAUUCGAAUGUCUCUCGUGAAGAAUGUUCAAAGUCUGAUGCAGGACAUGGUUACACAGAAGGAGAUGAUGUUGAAGCUUCAAAGUAGCAUGGAAAAAAUGGCUCUAAUUCUAGAAGAACAGAAUAAAACGAUAGAAACAAGAUUGUCAUCGCUUAAUACGGAUAACCAAGAAACCAACAGAAGGAUUGUACAACUAGAAGAAGAGGUUAAAGAUCAGAACCUUACAGAUGGAAGACUUGACCUGGAGCUGACAAAUGUCAUCAAUAUCCAGCAAAGUCUUAAAGAAGAGUUAAAACUCACUGUCGAGGAAUUAAAGAGGAACGCUUCUGAUGCUAUGUCUGACGUAAAAGUGGAAACGCGGCUCCUGUCCAUGAGUGUUAUGGAUCUUGAUCAGCGUGCAGAUGAUGUAAAGAAGCGUUUAAAUGACUUCAACAAAAGUGUGCCUCAGCUAUUUGAGAAAUAUCAAAUAGUAACACAAAGAGUAGGAAAUCUGUUUACUAACUUAUCAGUGUCUUCUGACCAAGAGCUGAAUGAAAUAAAGUCGGAUCUAAAGAAAACACAGAAAAAGCAGCUCAAACUGUCCGCAGCAGUUCUUUCUUUAGAAUGGUUUAGAAAUAAUGCGUCCAAAGGGAAUUGUGAGUUAACAAAGUUAACCAAUGUAUCAAAAAAGGUUGGGUUUACGGAUGGUCUUCGUUCCUCCAACAGUGGCUGGUCUUCUGAUAAACUGGUCUUCACUGAAGAGAUCUACAAUUAUGGUGGCGGCUACGAUUCUUCAUCCGGGGUAUUCACAGCGCCAGCCUCUGGUGUUUAUGUGUUCUUUGUCUCCCUUACGUCGUAUGAACACUCUAGCGUCCUUGUUGAUAUUGUGGUCAAUGGUACCUCCAAAGUUAGAGCCAGAGCAAAUGGAGGGAGAGACACUACUGACUACGACUACUUUGAAUACCAGUACCAGACGGGGACGAACAUGGUGGUGACUUCACUAGAUCGUGGGAAGAAAGUGUGGGUGGAAUGUCAUUCUGGUGCGGGCUACUACUCCGAAACUGUCCCAGUCAGCACUUUCUCAGGCUUCAUGAUCUAAAGUCAACGAAAUAAUUAUGAUGUAGACGGAGGUGUCAAUAUACGGCAGUUAUUAUAGUUGUACAUCGCAUUUUCUUUUUAUGUCAAAUACGUUUCACCAGUUUAUUGUUUUUUUUUUCUCACAUUGUACUAAUAAACAUUUGAAUAUC